GUAUGAGAACCAGUGUCACAAUGCGUCUGCUUCUCUGGCUCGUUCUGGGUGCCUUUGCAUGUCUGUCCCAGGCCCAGGACGUUAUAUAUCCCGCACACAACUUCUCUGUCCCAAUUGACCACUUUCAUAAUGAGUCUCGAUACGAACCGCAUUCCGAUGAUUUUUUCAACCUGCGCUACUGGUUUGAUACAACCCACUACCGGCCUGGAGGACCGGUCUUUGUGAUCGCAGCAGGCGAGACCAAUGGCGAGGAUCGGUUUCCGUUCCUUUCUCAAGGAAUCGUGACCCAGCUCGCAGCCACUUAUCAUGGUGUCGGGGUAAUCCUCGAGCACCGAUACUAUGGCGAGAGCUAUCCGGCCGCGGAGGUGACCCCCAGCAGCUUACGGUUUCUCUCAACCGAGCAAGCUCUGGCUGAUUAUGCUUAUUUCGCGUCUCACGUCGUCUUCCCAGGACUGGAAGACCACGACCUGACGGCCCCAGCAACUCCAUGGAUUGCAUAUGGGGGGUCGUACGCCGGUGCCAUGACGGCCUUCCUCCGCAAGCUUUACCCAGAAGUCUUCUGGGGCGCAGUGUCUUCUUCUGGAGUCACAGCGGCUAUCAUUGACUACUGGACGUACUAUGAGCCUAUCCGAAAUUUCGGCCCUGCGGAUUGCAUCGACACGAUUCAGACCAUUACCGCCAUCGUCGAUCGCAUUCUCAUCGACCACCCGCACAACAAAACGCUGCAUGCCCAACUGCAAGCCGCCUUUGGAGUCACCCCUCCGGUGGACAAGCAGGACUUUGUCUCUGCGCUCUCCAGCCCAUUAGGUCUCUUCCAGAGCCGUAACUGGGAUCCUGCCGUCGGAUCGGGCGAUUUCCGCAGCUACUGUGACAACAUCACCUCCCCGGAACCACUGUACCCUCUCGACAACAACGCGACGGCGCUCGUGCCCAACCUCAUCGACAUUGCGGGCUACAAUGCGUCCGACCCGAGUCUCAUCGCGGCUAUCAUCAACGACAUUGGAUUCCUAGGCCUGUCUAGCAGCACCCGCGACGACGACGACGACGACGACACCGAAACCACCGAUCGCGGCAACUCCACCCUCCCCAAGUCCUCGGACACCAGCUGGGGCUACCAAGUCUGCACGGAAUGGGGGUAUUUCAUGCCCGGCUCGACAGUCCCGCCGCACAUCCGGCCGUUGAUCUCGCGGCUCAUCGACCUCGAGUAUACGUCGGCGUUCUGUGGCACGGAGUUCGCAAUCCACACGCCGCCCAAGGUGGAGCGGAUCAACAGGUAUGGCGGGCUCGACUUCUCAUACCCUCGUGCUGCGAUUAUCGGGGGUGCCGCCGAUCCCUGGCGCGACGCAACGCCGCACUAUCAAGGUGCGCCGCCGCGUCCGUCGACUGACUCGGAGCCGUUCAUUCUCGUUGACAUUCCGGUCGAGCAUGUGUGGGAUGGGAUCCAGGGCGCCGUGCAUCACUGGGAUCAGAAUGGACUGUCCCGGGACGAAUGGGCGGGGGGCGAAAGGCCACCGAAAGAGAUUAUCGACUUGCAUCAGGAGAUUGUACGGUUUGUGGGCGUGUGGUUGCGGGAGUGGAAGCAGGCUUCCCAGUCUAUUCUACGAUCUUUGUCAAUAGUGCGCAUCCAACGGGGGACGGGGCAGUAGCGCCCACACGGAUAUAUAUCUAUCUAUCUAUCUAUCUAUAUCUCUUGAAUUGUAUGGAUAUGAAUGGUUUUGUUAGUGUACAUG